CUUCCUUACAGAAUAAUGGAUUCAAUUUUAUUAUGGUCUUCCUUUUGGAUAGUAUGGAUAACGUUAUCUUUUGUCGUUUAUACGAAAAGAAAGUCUAUUCAAUAUCGAUUCUUGGUCUUUAUCAGAAAUAGAUUCCAAUUCAUUUCUAUUGAUGAAUUCUAUGUGUCACUAACAGAAGCAAGAAAUGAUCAUUGUCGUUUAAUCAUUCAUAUUACGGGUAUUCAACUAAAAUUAGUAUCUCUUCUUAAACAGCACCAAAAGAAAAGUUCUUAUUUAACUACGGUCAUUCAAUGGUUUAUAUUCAUACCGUGGAUAAAAAGAUGUUUACUGUUUAUUACUAAUUAUGUUGCUUUACAAAUGAAUGAUUUGUCUAUUCACUAUGACAACCAUUUUAUAUUGUUUAUUGACCACCUUUAUCUAAAGUCUACAACUGCUACCAUAACAACUACUACUACUACAAUACAGCAACAACAAGCUCUCAUUCAAUUUCAAUUAGGCUCUAUUCAACUUAAAGAUACUACAUCAUUACUUUUUGAAACAACGACAACAAGUCUUCUAUCUCUCUCCUUUCUUACAAGAACGUCUUGUUGGGACUUAUUAAAUAUUCAAUUAGGUAAAAUAAAUGUGUAUGAUAUUACAUCUUUGAACCAAUACUACAAAGAGCGUCAAUCCAGCAAGAGACCUUCCACGUCUAGUAAUAAUACAACUCUUUUGCACUAUUUUACUAGAAUCUAUGUCUCCCUUGAACAUAUUCAUUUUAUCAUUGAAAAGGAACAAGUCGACAUGUCAAUUGAAUUGAACACUAUCUCUUUUACUUUUAGUAGACAUGAUGAUGUAGCACCUUCUUCAUUUAAAUUGGCUAUAGGGAAAAUGAUAUGUCACAUGGCAGAUCAAUGUCUUUUCCUUAUUCUAUCUAUGGAAAUAAGGGUGACUCUUUUAUUAAUAGAUGAGAAUCAAUCUUUAGUAAAUAAACCUUACUACUACUAUAGAUUUUUUAAUGAUACUACACAACAACAACAACAACAACCAUUCUCUUCUUUGUUAAACAUCACUUGGACUCUACACAAACCUAUUUUAACUGUACCUAUUUUGAAUGAAAAAUUUAAAGUCAUCCUAUCUUAUCUGUCAAGACUUAUGACAAAGGAAAAGCAGCAGCAGCAGCAACAACAGCAACAACAACAGGAUAAGAAAGUGGUUUUUACCAAUGUACCACUAUUUGCUUUUACUAUGGUUUUGAAUUCACCUCAAUUAUCGUUAUUAUUAUUGGACAAUCAAGAAGGUCUCCUGUCAAGUAAAAAAUUAAUGAUUCGUUUCCAUGGAGAGUACAUGUCAGACCAAACCAGACCAUCCGAGGAUAGCAGUUUAGAAUUAUUAUUUGCACAAGAAGAUUAUAAAUGGUUAUCAUCCUCACGAUUGAAUAUGCGUCAUUCCAUUUAUCAUGACUAUCACCCUACUACUACUACACACCCAUUAGAUGAAAGGAAGCGUCUAUCACUUCAUCGAUGGACAGAAAAACUCAUUCGUCAUGUCAUUUCCUAUUCUCAAAGCAAGAACCAAUGGACCCAUUAUCGAGUCUCUGCGAGAAUAAUACUACAACGGGCGAAUGUAGAAGGUGGUUCUGAUCACGAGAAAAAAUUUUUAAAAGUGAAAAGGUUGAUACUUACCUCUAAAUACGAUAUGAAUGUAAUCCAUGUUCCCUUCUCCUUGUCCAGUCAUUCUUCUAUUAUCCAUCAUCGACUUGAUCUCGUCUUUCCUCAAAAUAAUAAUAAUAGCAGUAUUCAGUUGGAUGCCUCUAUUGAUAAACCUAUCAUUUACUUGUGGGAAGAGGAUAAUGAUUUAAUGUCGUCAGCUAGUAUUUUCUGGUUAUCUUCUAUGCCUAAAAGUCUUUUAUCAUUUCUAGAGAAAGAGCAAACGACGAUGACGACGACGACGACGACGACGACGACGACAACUAAUAAUAAUAAGCAUUGGAUAAAAUUAUUUACAAAAGGGAUAACUUUUAGUCUAGAUAUAACUCAUGGUUCAAUUGUUGUCAUGUGUAUGGAUAGACCUCAUACAAGUAGGACCUAUCAUCGUCAUCAUCCUCUUCCUUCAGGAUUCAUUCAUAAUACACCAAGGGACACAAUUUACGCUCGUAUCGUAUUUCGUACAGAAAAGGUUACCUUUGUAUGUCAUGAAGAAAACUAUCGAAAAAGUGUUAGUAGCAUAACAGAAGAAACGUCCAUAUGGAAUCUUCGUUUUCAUAUAGAGAAAAUCUAUAUGUAUCAGUCUUCUUCUUCUUCUUCGACAAGAUAUGACAUUAAUUUUCUUAUCAAGGAUGAAAAUCAGCAUCUUAUUCUCUGGAUCCCUCAGCUUCACUUUUCUUUAAAAUAUCACAACAAGAUAAACUCAAGGGAACUAUUUGCUACCAUCAAGAUUAAAAAGUAUGGAGUCGCUUAUUCAAUUCGAAAUCAUUACAUCUGCCUUUUAUUAGUUCAUUCCUUACUCUCUAUGAAACGCAUCUUAUCAGAUGGUCAAAAGAGUGAAAAGAAACAAGGAAUCCCGAUAGGUACUCAUCUAAGUAUAACUAUAGGUAGAGGUGAUCAUCAUCUAGAUCUUCCUUUAAACAAUACAGCACUUUAUUUAAGAAUGGACAAAAUCGUUAUCAAACACUCAACAACUGCUCAUACAACCAAGCAAGUUCAUAUUCGUAAUUUUAUGUUGCUUGGUUUGUCCAGUUUAUAUAAGGAUCCAAAAUGGGAACAGUUGAUAGAGGUUGACAACUUGAACAUUGUUCUUUUAGAGCAAGAAGAAGGGAUUGAAUUGAAUGCUGGAAAAAUAGUGGCAACCAUUCCUUAUAGAUACAUCCUUUCAAAGGUUAUUGAUAGUAUAGUUGGUUUGAUAAAAGCCAUAAAGGAACUUCAUGCAAGAAUUCUUAAUAAUCAGCAGUUUACUUAUUUUGGUCCUAAAGUGAAUAAUCAACCUAUCUUGAUUCCUUGCAUUAAGAUAAGGACUCAUGUAUUCACAAUUCAUUUUGAUGAUGACCCGUUUGAAGCAAAGCUUAGAAAAAUCUUCAGAACAGGUCUUGUAGAACAAGAAAAGAGACUAGCUUAUCAAGAUGCAAUGGAGCACAAGAUACAAGACUUACUAUCGAAUUUUACUUCUGCAGAGUCAUCACCAUCCCUAUCUUCAUCCAAAUUCACGCAGCAACCCACUGAAUCAACUACUACUACUACUACUACUACUACUAAUGAUCCUUCUCCUCUUUCUCCAUCCGACUCACUUGAAAGUCAGAUUAAGGAAGCAGAAGAAGGCCUAUUAGAAUAUUUCUCCUCUUCAUGGAUCAAGUACAUCACGAAAGCAAAAAGGGAGGAGUCUGAUUUCUUUGAGAAACUUUAUAUACAAACACAUUAUCGAAACUCAACUACAGCAUCCCAUUUAGAUCAGAGAUUAGAUGACACGACGAGCGGAGGAGAUGAUUAUCUUUGGUCGUUAUCAAGUGUCUUUCAUAUCGAUAUCCUUCCACGUCCUCUUCACCCUCCUUUAGCCAAUUUCACGGCUCAGCAUACACACAUUUGCUUUAGGCCCGCUGAUUUCCCGUUAAGCGAAACCAAGUCCUUUAUUCACGUUGCGGGCGGUGGUGUACCAUUGGAUAGUGACUAUGCCAUCAUCAUUCCUUUUCAUUUAUCUAUUCAAGCAGGUAUGACUUGGAUUAAAGUUCGUGACUAUCCUUUACCACUUUUAUAUGUCCCACCACCUUCUGAUACGUUGAAAGGAAAGGAGAAUAAGGAUAUCUCUUGGAUACUGGAAGGAAAUUAUGUAGCAGCAGACGAGCUUGGAGACUCAAGUGGAAGUAGAGUGAUACCUAUCUGUAUUCUAUCUGAUCCUUCUUCACUUAAACCCCCUGCUGGUUACUCUCUUUCCAUCGUCCGUACCACCUCUCCUCUCAAAUUUUAUUCCACCAUUCGCUAUCAAAUUCUAACGGAGAGGUUGUCGAUGAUCUGUUGGUCCAUCUCCUACAGUCCUGCAAUACAAGAUAUACUUCGUGUCCUCGAUACCCUAACACCUUCGCCCGUAGAUCCUUCUCCUCGAAUUCGUUUUUGGGAUAAAGUUCGAUUUAUGAUUCACUCCAAGAUAACGAUUGAUUUUAAAGGUGAGUUAGGGUUCAUUAUAAAGGGCACAAGGGAUCCAUAUCAAUUAUCUGGGGAUGGUGCAGGGAUCGCAAAGAUAUGGAGCGAUCAUGUCGUUUGGCUUCUUGGAUAUAAAAGGCCCCCUCAAAAUGAAUUUAUGCAAAUCAUGAGUCGAAGCUAUACGUUGGGUGUACCGGAUCUGGUACGUGGUGGUUAUGUACCCUCAUUUCCUGAUUCUUUACCCUUAAAUGAAAGAAUUCGCUCGAGUAUAGAACAUCACAAGUUUUUAAAGAUCGUUGUGAAAUUAACAGAUGGUGGUAUACGAAUGGGUAUUGGUCUUAGUUUUGAAAGGCUCUCUUGCAAUCACAGAGACAGUCAUCAAGUCUCUUGCUCAUGCUCUGUUGAUACAUCUAACCCUAAUCAUGUACAUUGCAUUCAUCAAUGUCGGACAUCAACAUUUUCUCCUCAUUACAAAGUUCUUUAUCGAUCCCUUCAGCACGUUGAAAGACAUUACGAUUUGAAUACAUAUGAUGCAUUCAAAGGGUUUCGUUCAGAUUUUAUUCAUCUCUCCUUUAGUAUAGUUAAACUAGAAGAUGAAGCAUCAAUAAAUAAUAUAAAUUCGCCAGUAGAAUUAUCAUCUUCCUAUGUGGAUAAUACAGAGGAUAUACCACAGAAUUCAAUGUAUAUAAGUCCUUGUUUUAUUGAACACUUUAUAAAAUGGUACCGUCUAUUUGGAAGUCCUAUCUCAAUACCAAUUCGUCGUCAAGGGAACCUCUUCCCUAAGGAGGAGGCGCCCUUGAGGGCAUCAAAAUCUUUUAGUGAAUUGCUUGAUACCAUCAAAUAUAAAUUGCUAGUAGAUCCUUUAGCAAUUGGGUUCUUUUGUAGUACAGAAGAGAGUCAUUUAUUAGGCCAUGAGUUCGUGGGUCUGAAGGCAAGGGUGCAUUCAUUUAGGGCCGAUUUACAUCAACGGAAGGAAGUGAUUGAGACCAACAAGACUGUUCGGAACUUUCAUGAGGCAGAGAUGGAACUGACAGACAUCGAUCUACGAAUCAUUAGAGGUCAUCGACGUCAACCAAGUACGGUGGUCACACCAUCAUCAGGGAAAUCGUUUGCAUCUGGUGGGUCCGUCUAUACGACUAGUACUAGUGCUACUAGUACUACUACUACUACUACUACUAGUUCAACAAAUUAUAGUCAUUAUAACGAAACUAUCUUUUCUAUGGAUGAUCAAAAGAGCUAUCACUUUCAAUGGGUAGAUGCUAAAGAUUUCGUUGCCUUAGGCUCCCAACAUUCAUCAUCAUCAUCCCAUUUGAAUAUAGACAUGUUCCCCUUUGCUUUCUCUCCAUUGUUUUAUUUUGUUCGUCAAGAUGAUGAAGAAGGAUCUGGUAAAAGAGAAUAUCUAAGACAAACUCAUGACUGUACAUUCAGAAAAGGAAUAGGCAUAGAUGCACAUGAAUUUCAGAAAGAAUAUUUAUAUAGGCGUGCAGGUCAACUUGAUAAAGUAAUUGAAGAGCAUGAUAAACAAUUAGAUAUAGUGAUACAUGCUAUGAAUAUGAAUCAAUAUGUAAAAGAAGAUUUAAGAAAAGAGUAUAAUAUACUCAAGAAAAAGAUAGACACAUUGCGUUUUAAACGACAUACACUUCACACUUAUAUCGGACAACUCAUCUUGGAAACAGAAUUAAAUAUAACAAAUGUGAAUGAUAGACCUGAUAGAUCACCUACAGCAACCAUGACAUCCUCAAUGAGUCGCCAAGUACAGAAUGAACUACUCUCACGUUGGGAGACACUCAUGGGUCGCUUUAAAGUACAUUGUUAUGUACAUAACCCUCAAAUUAUUUUAAAUAAUUCUAUCAUCGAGGGUCUCACUUUAUGGAGAGAGAUUCGUACUCAUCGUAGUGUCCAACAGUAUAAUUUAUCUUCUCAAUGUCUAAAGUUUUUAGAAGACCUGAUGAUAGAUCAACAACAACAACAACAACAACAACAACAACAACAGCUACAAAAGGAUCCCAAUAUAACCAGUGAUGAUGAAAAGAUGCAUAAAACAACGCAUGUAUCUGAAAAUGAAAUAAACAAGGUAGAAUCACUUAUCAACAAGUUACUUUCAGAUCGAUCCAGUAGUUUUGUUGCCUAUGAUGAGGGCAAGAGACCUUCUUUACAGCCUUUUACAAAUCACGAUCAUUCAUUUGAGGGGAAUGUGAAUGAUCCAGAUCAUCAAUACCAAAGCAUUCCAAACUUUUACGAAAUGAAAAGUGAAUCCUUAUUCCAUUUGAUUAAUCCACAGGUUCUAUUUCAAAGUGAUACAGUACCAAAUCACUUGGUCCUCUUGACAACUGAGAGAAUCUUGAUGAAAAAGUUCAAUAUCAAUGAUAAAUCAGGUGAUUUAGUGAAGAAACGAAUCGUGACUAGUUUUGAUUCUGCAGAACUUUUGAUAGCAGAGAAGAUACCAGAGGUCGCCUCCUUCAGUCCACUUUUACAAGACUGUUAUGGUCAAUUUCAAGGUCGACAUCAUUGGGCUGUAUGGAUUCAGCUGGAGGAGUUAUGGUAUUAUCGAGGUAGAUCCUCCUUUGAUAAUUUCCAACGUGUUGCCACGCAUCUAUCAGGUACCAUGCAACAUGAUUUGUAUAAUCAUGUUAGGAUUAAAGGGCAGCAACCCAUGAUGACAGAUCCGUUUGAAAAUCGGAUUCAUACGAUUCAUUUUCAUUUCCCUCAACUCAAACUCACCCUUAGUUCUCUACAGUCUCAUUUAUUGUUUUAUACCCUCUCUAGUCUCGUACCACGGAAUGGUAGGACCAUCAAGGCAAGGCAAGGACUAGAUAAAGCUCGUGAGGUCCUGUUGGCAGCUGAAAGAAGUGAUCUGGCAGAGACGAUAGCUCAAGUCAAAGUCCUUCAAAACAGAUCUCGCAUUUUACUUGACAUGCAUAAACGAUUUAUUCAAGAGCUCUCUUCUUUAGAUACAUUAGGUUUAUUAGAAUUCAGAAGAAAUAAGAAAAGGAUGCAUAAUGACUUGGAAAAGCUAUUCUAUAUUAUGGAAGCGAUUCGAUCGAUACAAACAACUCAACGUGGCGAUAGGCGACAUCUUGGUGAUCGAGAUAAUCAUGCUAAACAAUACAUCUUCACAUCAAAUGAAAUUAUCUAUGAGGCCACUCAAGAUGACCCACAAAGUCCACUCUGUGAUUGGACAUUACAGAAUACAAAAUUCACAUUUUUAGAUAAAGCAAAUGGAUCUAGUAAGAGAACGAUGGAGGUAGAUAGGAUGCAUGUAAAGAAUAGAAUGGACUCACCUGUUUUUAUUGAUGUGUUGGAUGCUUAUCUUGACCCACAUAGUACUUCUUUAAAAUCAGCUUAUGAUUUCUCUCGACAUAAAAUGGUGAGAUGCGUCCUGGAGUCAUUACCACCUGUAGGAGGUAUUCCUGUUAUUCAACAUUUGGAAAUCCAUUUAAAGCCUUUGCGUCUUCAAAUAAGUACGGCUUUUGCUUCAGCUAUUCAAAAUUAUUUUACAUUAGAAGAUGCUGGUCUUGGCAUUAUCACUAAUAACAAUGGUGAAAUACCUUCCGAUAGUGAUGAAGAGAACAAUGAAAUAGGACAAGAAGAGGAAGAGGAAGAGGAAGAAGAAGAAGAAGAAGAAGAAAUAGAGAAUAAUAAAAUAAAUACAGAUCAAAUGAGCUUUGUCUCUAUUAGCAAAGGAAGCUUUAAGAGUUUUGAGAUGAUAACUAAAAAAGUGAAAGAAACAGUUUUAGGAAAACAAAAAAUCAAAGCAGAUGAAUUAACAGUUAUGAAAACAAGAUCUUUAAUGAAUUGUACAUUUAUCUUUGUACGAAUUCCUUCUACAAGGCAUUGCUUAAGUCUUCAGGGUCCAUCUCACAAUACAAUUUAUAAUCUAUAUGAUUUUCCUUUUAAACAACCUGAAAUUGAAUAUCGAAACAAGACGUGGUCUAUCAAUGAGAUGGUGACAGAUAUUCAGAAACAAUUUAAAAGAGCUAUUCUCUAUCAUGGCCCCAAGUUAAUUAAAAGAAAACUAUUACUAAAGAAAAAUGAUCAGCAUUUAGCAACUAUUUCGUCAAGUAAGAAAAACAAAGAUAAAUCGACAACUCUACUUGCAGAAACAAUCAAUAUGGAAUUAAAUCGAGUAUUUGCCUCCUCAGGAAUAAAUUCUAUGAAUAAUGUUUAUGUCUAUAAUGACAGGAAUGAAGAAGCAGCCACUACUAAUAACGAAGAAAGAGGUUUAUCAUCUUAUUAUUACUCUGAAGAAGAAGAUGAAGAUAAGACUAAAAAUGAUGAUAUUAAAUCUGUAUACUCUAAUGACUCAGAAGACAACAUGAACCAAGAUAAUAGUAUGCUGAAUGUGUAUAUGAAAACAUAUACGACAGAUCAAGGCAGAAAGAAGGAUGAAAUAUUAAAAAAGGGUAAAAUUUUGUUUGGCCAACAAUUUAGACUGGAAUUGAAGCGCGUCUAAAGAAAAAAAAAACAUAAUAAUUUACGCGUAUUUACGUUUGUAACUUAAAA